ACAUCUACCAUCCAUAAUGAGCAGCAAAUAAAAAACCACUGUUAACAAUAGCCUUUACAGUACAAGUAUCCGUUAUAAUUUCCAGUUGGUUUUUCGCAAUUAGUUUCUUCACCAAAAUGUUAAAAACGUUUAUAUACACAGACUCCGACACAGAUAACACAUCAAGUAGAGAAAAUAUAAAAAAAGCAAAGAAACCUUCCAUAUUGAAGCCGUACACCACAGUGCCGCUUCGAAAGAAGAAAUGCAAACUACAUAGUAAAAAACUGGAGCUUGAUGAUUCUGACUAUAAAGAAUACCGCUGUAGAAGCAUCAGCGAUACCAGCUGUUCCAGGAAGAUUCGUGGCAUCUUGAAGAAAUCACCAUGUUACAAAAGCAAGAAUGAAACGGACUGGGGGAGGACGAGGGAAAGGGGUCCUAUUAGCUUCUAUUCAUCUGAUGAUGAAGACGACUACGCUCCAGAGAAAAAGGCAAGGUGUCUGGUAGGCCAGGUGCCCAGGCCGGCUGGUUCCAAGCCUGGUCGCGGCGGUGGUGUGGCCCUAAUCAUUCGGAAAGCUGUUAAAGAACCUGCACGACGAACGCUUCGAGUGAAAACAAGCUCGGUGAGCAUGGCUUCUAAGAAGAAUUACAGAAGGAAACUUUCAAGAAAACGAUCAUAUUAAUAAAACAAAAAUACAAUACGAAAACUUGCCACACAAAACCAUAGGGAAGUUGUACAAUAUUAAAUAUUGUUUCUCUUUAUUUAUGUUGUUGAUGAAAUGAUGAUAUUCGUAAAGGAAUUCCAAACGAUUGAAAUAACUAACUAGCUUUAGAUAUGCAAUUUCGGAAAUUUUCACAAAAAUUUGGUUAAAAAUUAUUUAUUUGGGAUUUAGUGCAAGAAAUGCCUAAGGGUGCCUUUAAAUUAGAUGCUUAUAUAAGCGCGGCACUACUGCGGCGCUGCAGCAGCGCGGCGUCACUACCAGACAUGGGCAGUGGGUUAAAACCCGGGUUUCAAAAUCGUGGGCAGUAACGGCAAAUACGAAAGAAGGAUGGCGAAAGCUGCCCCGAAGAGCCGUUCAUGGACUUUGUUAGUACAAUUUUGCGUUUUAGUUUAUGCCUAGUUAUGAAUAUAUUUUUGUAUAUUUUUAGAAGUUGGGAAUAAGAAAAAUGUAAAACAUUGUAUUUUAACAUAGAUGCAAGAACACAACGCAAUUGAUUUAGUUCAACCAUAGAUUAGAAACGUUCUUGUACGUACGUUUCACUUUAAGCAUGAUCGAAUGUUUAGUUAUUGGUUAUUUUAUAGUACACACAUAAAACAUUAAAGCUAUAAAAUACCCAAUGAAAUAAUCAAUAAACAGUAAUGACAUAAA